AUGAUGAACGGUUCAAACCUUGGGAACUCCACGUCCAACAACAAGUCAAAGGAUGAGCAGGUGGUAAACGGACAUGACGAGAAUGAAAACAACCCAUUCGCAGAGUACAUGUGGAUGGAGAAUGAAGAGGAUUUCAACAGACAGGUGGAAGAGGAGCUACAGGAGCAGGAGUUUCUAGACCGCUGCUUCCAGGAAAUGCUGGACGAGGAAGACCAAGACUGGUUCAUUCCCUCCCGUGACUUGCCGCAGGGUGUCGGGCAGUUGCAGCAGCAGUUAAAUGGUCUCACAGUCAACGACACUCAUAGUACAGAGGACAUCUUGGUACGUUUUACCUUCAUUCGCUGUUGA